AUGGCAACAUCAAAAAAGCCUUAUGCGGCAAAUGUUAUAAAGAUUUUGAAUUUGUUUGAUAUUGAACAAGAGACAAAUGUAGAAAAACUAGCCGCUCGAAUUGCGAGCGAUGAACCAUUGAUCACUCCAAAAAUACUGCCUCAACUGGAAACAAUCUUGCAAAAACUUAAAGAUAAAACAUCGUUCAACAACUGGGACAAUGUCCGUGUUCCAUCUUUCAAUGUUGACAAGACUCUGAGCAGUGGCCAUUUGUUACCAAUAACAAAUGUAUCCAUUGACAAAGUCGGAGAUAUUUGCGCAACCGGAAGCUACGACCGGACGUGCAAGAUUUGGAACACCCGGACGGGCGAGGAGACGUCUACACUCGUCGGUCACGAGAACGCGGUGUACGUUGUGUCAUUGGCCAUCGCGGAAAGGGUGCUGACCGGAUCGUUUGACAAAACGGCGCGGAUAUGGUCGCUGGACAACGGAGAUGAAUGUUUAUGUACCAUGCGUGGACAUUCGGCAGAGGUAGUCGCGGUGGCCGCUUGCCAGCCCACGCAGACAGUGGCCACUUCGUCAAUGGACCAAACGACCAAGCUAUUCAGCGCCGUUACAGGUCAAAACGUUGCCACCUUGAGGGGACAUACUGGCGAAGUGGUGGUCAAUCAGUUUGACGGCGAUGGGUCGACGGUGAUUACUGGUUCAUUCGACAAUACAAUCAAGAUUUGGGAUGUCCGCACUGCCGAAUGUACAUCAACAUUAUACGGCCACACUGCUGAAUUGACUUCCUGUCACUACGACUUCAGUUGCAGAGCAAUCGCCAGCAGUUCAUUGGACGGCACGGCCAAGUUGUGGGAUGUGAGAAGGACUGACAGCUGUCGUCACACUAUUGCCGGCCAUACAGAUGAGGUGCUAGACAUUUGUUUUGAUUCAGUUGGUCGUCGAGUGGCUACGGCGAGCAGCGACUGUAGUGCUUGCAUCUGGGAUGUAAGCAGUGGCGACUUGAUAUCCGCAAUGAUUGAACACACAGGAGAAGUCACAAAAGUUUUUUGGGAACCUGCUGGACAUCAUCUGCUCACCGCAUCACAAGACCAUAGUUCUAAGUUUUGGGAUACAGAAACUGGAGAAUGUUUACAAGAAUUAAAAGGGCAUAGUGAUCACGUAUUCUCAGUUUUAAUGAACUACCUAGGUGAUACAAUUUUGACGGCUUCUAAAGAUAAUACAUGUUGUGUUUGGCAACAAUUAAAUUCAAAAAAUAAUUUAGACGUUUAAUAUAAUUUAAUUCUAUUUUAAAUUUACCAAUUGUUAAUAGAAUAC